GCUUCCCUGAAGCCACCUGAGCAAAAUGUGUCCUUGUAACUCAUUCCGACAGCCUUGUGGCUAAUAAAACAUCUGAGGUCCGUUCAAGUUUGCGCCUCGGUCUGCGUCUUUCCACCCCCAAAUUCAUUGAGAUAAUUUGAAUCAAAGUUUUCGGGAGAACUAAACACAACUGCCAGAAAAGCAUAGCAACAGCAACAUGAAGUCAAAACUCCGAUGAAAGGUUGUCAUUGCGUGAAGUCGAUGCCCAUUGAACAGGAGCAUCUCUUCGGCAAUGUCCAUGUUCAUUUCCGCCAAGAGACGCUACGACAAACAAGUCCAUACGUGGUAUAGCGGUUUGACAGUGGAAAAGCUCAAGUAUUUGUGCAAAGCAGCUGGGUUAUCCUUCUCGGGUAACAAGGAUGUGUUGAUUGAACGCUUGUCGAGUCAUCACCUGGGUGCGUUGUUCAUCUGGGUGAGUUCCAGGGCCAACCCGGCUGGUUUGACGAACACCGAUCUCAAGGAGAUUUGCGAGGGACGAGGUAUUGCCAAGACAGGAAGCCGAUACGAGCUUGUAUGUCGAAUCUUACAGCACGAAAGCAACGAGGCACUGACGGCUGCUGCUGCCGCAAAGGCCAAGAAGAAGCGGAAACCUCUAGCACAUCUGAGCGGACAGCCACUGGAGGCGAAGAAGCCCAGGAUCAGUCAGCCUCACGUGUUGUACAAUCGCAUUCAAAGGAAGAUCAACUCUGGGUAUACAGACGAAAAGUAUAAAUCCUACAGUGGUUCCAGAGCUCACGCAGGAGACGUGUACAAACUACUUUCCCAAGCCAUCAACGUUGAGAUCACCGACAAGGGUUACUCUCAGAAGAAUCCCAAAAAGGCGCUCGAGUUGGCCAAGGCCCUGUUCGUGUCGCUCACCCAUGGCUUUCAGAACAUCAACUAUCCUGGCUAUGACAAUAUGGACAGCCUUGGCGACGCCAUGGGCAAGCUGGAAACAAUCGUCGAGUCCGCGUGCGGUUUGCUAUCUCGGGAAGAGAAGACGAAAACUUUGAAGUGGUCCGAGAAACUCAGUGUCACGAUUGCGCCUUACGAUUUCACGAACGCGGAUGACAGCCUGGAAUCGAUAAUGGCAAUGUUGAGCGUGGAAGAAAGCAGCGGGGACGACUCUGAUAAUGACGACCGAAAGCCAGCUGCAUCGAAAAGGAACAACGGGGAAGACGCUGCUGGCACCUUGGCGGCCAAAGAAAACCACGCCCUAAACACAGCAAGUCACUAAACGAUGAUAGUAUGUCCCAUAGAUGAUUCUAAGUUUUAGUAGUGGAACUUCUUCUUGGCACGGCCCACAGA